UAAAUGAAGAGGCAGAAAUAGAGAGCGAGAUCAUGUUUGCAACAGAGAGAGAGAGAGAGAAGUUUUUAAAAGGCAUUAAAAGGCAGGGUGAUUUCACUCAUGAGGGAAGUUGAGCGGAGAACUAACAGGAAGUCUUUUCCCUCAAGAGGAAACCAAGUGGUGUUACUGUAAAAGAAACUGACCUUGUGGCUUCUGUCGGGAAGGAAUGCAUGCAGAGGAGACAGACAGGGAGAUAAACAAGAGCUCAUACAGUAUAGAGGAUCACCCUCCGGUGCUCACACACAAGCUCUCUCUCCCUCCCUCUCUCACUUUCUCUCUCACUCGCCCACUUACUCAGUAUCGUUUCAUCUCUCUCUCUCUCUCUCUCUCUCUCCCCCCCUCUCUCUCACACUCUCAGUCGCUGUGCUCUGACGGAUGGGGAUACACUGCCAAGGAGGACUUAGGGGCGAGAAGAGAAGUGUUUCUUUUCUUCUCUGGUGUGUUUUCUUUCCCUUCCGCCUGGCUUCCCUCAUGAGCUGUUAAUUCCAGCCCCGGUCCUGAGGAUGAGGGGGAUCUAUUUGUGAGGAAGGCGCGACAAAAAGGAAGAGGAAACAAGGAGCAACAGGGUGGUGAAUUCUGCGAUACAGGAGUGAGCGACAAGACCUUUUUCUUUUUCCUCCAGGCUCCAGCAAAGGAGCCCUGACUCCCAGCAGCAGCCAUGUGAGAGGAGCUGUCAACAAGCAAGAGGAUGCCCACGCCCAGCUAAAGCAGAGCAGCCCCCCUCCCUCCAUCCUGCUCCCUCCCUUCUUCCCACAUGAGGACGAGAAGAUGACUAUCACCAGCCGGCAGUCCUUCAAUGUCCUGACGGUCAUCUUCCUCCUGCUGUCCACUGCAGCCCUCUCAGCUCAUUACCGAGUGUGUGAACCCUACUCGGACCACAAGGGGGGUUACCACUUCGGCUUUCACUGCCCUCGCCUCUCAGACAACAAGACCUACAUGUUCUGCUGCCACCACAACAACACCGCCUUCAAAUACUGCUGCAACGAAACCGAGUUCCAGAUGGUCAUGCAGAUCAACCUCACCACCACCUCAGACGGUUAUGCACACAAUAAUUAUACAGCCCUGGUCGGCGUGUGGAUCUACGGCUUCUUCGUCAUGGUGCUGCUGGCGCUGGACUUUCUCUACUACUCAGCCAUAAACUACGAGCUGUGCCGGGUCUACCUGGAGAAAUGGGGUCUGGGAGGACGCUGGCUGAAGAAGGCUCGGAGUCAGUGGCACAGGUCCAUGCCAGAGGAGAGCGAAGCCCAGGCUCAAGCCCAGCCCAUGGUCCCCAGCCACUACCAGCCCAGACACAGCCUCAGAGGGGAGAGCCACAGCCCCACACUCCUGCCCUACAACACAUCCACCGCAUGAAUGAUUCUGCGAGUGGACAAACUGAAGAGUAGCAACACCUUGUUUCCUUACGUGGUACAGAGGAGAUGCCCCACAGAUGCCCCCUCUCUGGAACACAGACACUAACACCAGUGGUGGGCUAGCCAUACUGUAGUAGUUAGAAGUGACUACUGCCCCCUCUCUGAUGAGCACAAAACAUCCAUGGACUGACAGAAGCAGGCUGAUAUGGCAUUUAGAAACCCAGCUGAACAAAGGCUGCCAGGAAACACAGAGGACCGGACUGCUGCUGCUGCCACAGCAGAGGAACGACACAUUCAACGGCUCACAGGUGUUCAGUGAUCCCCUGAAAUGGCUGCCAAGGUCUGGAGUAUCCCGAACAGAUCCAAGCUGAACUGGAUAAACUGUACUCACAAGCAAGGAGGCUUACCUGUUUUUAAAAAAAGAAGCUCAUCUUUCUAGAUAUAAAAUGUUUAUUACACUGCUGUGUCAGUUUGUGUUCAGUAGCAGUUAGACACAGAUGUGGGUUAUCUAUUUGGUGAUUUAUUUAUGUGAACUAGUCAGAGAAAUAUAUGAGUGGUUAACAUUUGGAACAUGUAACAGCUUAGGUUGAUGCUGAGCAUCUCACUUAGAGUAGAAUGUUUUUGUUACUUACUGAAACCAGACAAAAAAUGUCUCUGCAGCCAUGUUGAAAAACAAUAUCUUGUAUGAAAUGUUUUAGGUCUCCUUUCUGCAGAGCAAGUGAUUUCUCUAUAUUGUAACGUGUCUGACGAGGACGCAACGCCAUACAGAUAAACUGCUGUAGAUCUAAAGGUUUUACAUUAGGUCAUCAAGUGAUGCUGAGGAAAGGGAUCUUGACUCUCAAUAAGUUAUUCACCCAAAACAUUAAUGCUUUGUUCAUACUACGAGCGACAAAGUGACUAGUGUUGCACGGUAUACAGUACUAGAAAGGUAUCGCGAUACCCCGUUUCAUUAAUACUGGUACUUUUAGGAUGAUAGUGUUUCAAUACGAGCCGUGAAUUGCGUCGAUGUGCGACAGUGUGUGUGUGCAGCACUCUGCUUUAGAGGACACCAUUAGGAUUGGGAUCUCACGGGAACAGGCACUACUAACUAGCAUAACUUUGCUGCUGGUGGAGCAAGCGGUCGAAAAAUAAACUGUAGUGAUAACCAGGAGGAUGAAGAUUAAAGCAGGUCACGAACCGCUGAGCGGCAGCACAGUCCCGCUCUGAGUUGUUGUCUCUAUCAGCAGAACUCCCUUAAAAAAACAAGGAAAAUAAAAACGCGGCUCUAAUUACCGAUCAAACGUACUAAUAAAAUUAGAUUCACCAUUUUUUCUGAAUCUGCCCAAGCAUCUCCUGUAAUUCGGCAAACACAUAAUGCACCAAAGAGGACAUGUUAAAGUAUUAUUUUACCGUGUGUUUCUGUAACUCGAUUGUCUUUCUGAUUUUAGCAGUUCUUCUCUCAUCAACUUCUCACAGAACUUCAUUGGAAUUUUUAACGUUUUGUGGGUUUUUGCUUUGGAAGCCUCUCGCCGUCUACCGUGCUGCAGUACCACUCUCCGCCUGAACUGUUACUGAUGCAGCGACAGGGGUGGCGCUGUUUUACAAAAAAAAAACAUAUUAAAUACUGUUUAAUAAGUGACAUCAGAAUCAGAAAUACUUUAUUGAUCCCAAGAGGGAAAUACAGUUGAGUUGUUCCAUUUUAGAAUAAAAAAAUAUAUAAACAUAGAUAAGAAAAAUAGAAAUAAGAAUAGAGAUGAAAUGUAAAUAUGUGUGCAUUAUCAAAAAUAUAUUCAAAUAUAGAAUUAACUAUCAAGGAAAUCACAUAAACUUAAGUAUAGGGGACAUCAGAUUACUGCGUACCAUUUAAUUUUUUUAAUUACUACAUUUUCACAUUUUAACAUUUUUAAUGAAUAAAAAACUAAUUUCUCGUAUAAAAGUCACAAUUUUGGUAUCGUGACAACACUAAAAGCAACAAAACGGCCAGCUACAUUGUCGCCGUUGAAGAGCGCGUUGACAUAGUUAUGUCAUUAAAUAGCGCUGAGAACUGGCAAGUUUUUCUUCCAUUUUUAGACGGAACGGAAACGGAACAGGAAGUCAACGCGUCAUUGGAGCGCUGAAAAAAGCUGAGGCCAGCUCAACUUUGAAUUGUAUUGCAUCACACCUCUACGCAGCGACAGGUGUCAGGCGUCAGUUUGUAGCUGCAUGUCACCGGCUUUCACUGAAAAUGACUUGUAGCCUGUUGCUUUGUCGCUCGUAGUGUGAACACAGAAUGUAAUGAGGAUCAGGGAUGCCUUCACAACAGCAAAGAGUUUCAUACUAAGUUAUUAAACAUAACUUUAAUCCUUGGCUAUGAGCCUACAAGCCCAUUUGAGACCAUUACAUAUAAAGUUAGUGGGAGACAGUUGCCUCGGUAACCUCAUCCAUUGACUUGUUUGCCCUUCCUCAUUACCGGAGCUGCCUGAAAUACAGCUCCAUUAGCAAUAUGAUGCAAAUGAAUAUCCAUUUGGUUCCUUUAUAAGGAGCGCUCUAUAUCCCACAUUGGUAAUAGACAAUUAUAAGCGAUUAGCCAUAAUAGAAAAUGUCAAAAAAAAAAACACACACAUUAAAACCCCUUUCACUGUCAGCAAUAAUGUACAGUAGCUUAGUCAGAAGGAUGACAUGGUAUGUAAAAGUCAAAGGCGCCAGUCAAAUGAGCACUGGGUAAUCAUCGAGGUGCAUCGCAGAGCUUUCAGUUACACUUAAUAAGAAGGUGAAAUCCCUGAAUUGGACAUACAGUAUUUCUGGAUAAUGAACUCAUAAAAAGGUCUCCAACAAUUUCUGUGUCAGCAUUGUAAGGAGAAAAGUGAAAACAAUUCACUUUUUAAAGAAAACUUUUACAUUAGAGCUGCAACUAAUGAUUACUUUCAUUAUCGAUUAAUCUGACAAUUAUUUUCUCAAAUGAUCAAUGAAUCAUUUGGUCUUUAAAAAUGUCAGAAAAUAGUGAAAACUGCAUGUUAUAAUUUCCAACAGUCAAAGCCAGGUAUUCAAAUUGCUUGUUUUAUUCAACCAACAGUCCAAACCAAGGAUCUUCAGCUAUAUACUGUCAUAUAUGAUAAUAUAUAUUAUAUGAUAAAAUGUGAACUCAGUGAAAUCUUGAAAAUAAAUGAUUAAUCAAUUAUCUAACUGCAAUCAUCUAGGGAUGCAACUAAAGAUUAAUUUCAUUAUUGAUUAAUUAAGCCAAUUAUUUUCUCAAUUAAUCAAUAAAUUGUUAGGUCUAUGAAGUGUCAGAAAAAAGUGAAAAAUGAUUUAAGAGGUGGAGUCUUAAAAUGACUUGUUUUGUCCAACCAACAGUCCAAAGAUAUUCAAUACAGUAUGUAAUGUAUAACGUAUAUAAACAUAGAAUUGAGUUGAAUAGAUCGGCCCCAUUGUCACCCAUAUCCAAUACAGCUAUUUGUGACCCGAUAUCCAAUCCGGUAUCAGUAUCAGUGCAUCCCUAAUUAUCGAUUAACUAUCACAUUAGACAAAGAAAAGAACAAAUCAUAUUUGAGAGGCUGAAACUAAGGAAUUGAUUGGUAUUUUUGCUUUAAAAAAUUACCUAAACAAUAAAUUGAUCAACCAAAUAGUUAAGUAAGUUGGACAAAUAGAUAAAUUUACUUAAGGUUUCAGCUCUGCAAUCAUCGCAUUUAAAGAACAAGUUAUUACUUAAUGCCCAAAUCUGAAUUAACUACGGAGAUAAUAAAUUCUCUGUAAGCCAUUAAAUGCAACGACAGACAAAGCAGCUGUUGGUGCCAGACUGUAUCAGCGACAGCAUGUGAAGUCCAGGUGGACAGACGGUAGGUAGGUACAUUAGGAGAGAGGUGUCAGUCCCAAUCUUGCAUCUGCAACUGGUACUCUGGCAGCUGUCGAGUCUGUGUGUGUACAGAAUCUCCAGUCAGUGCAAACAUCGCAACGUCCUCGCUGAAAGCUAACGAGAUACCGUUAAGUGUUCAGAGUUGGCUGUGAGCCAGCCGUGAGACUUGGGGUCUUGCCAUCAUAUUUGUCCUCUCUGUUUCUUGAAGUUUAAGUAGACCCUGCCGGCUUCAUCCUCAGUUAUCAGCAAUAAUAUUCACAUUUGCUGAGUUGUUAGAGCAAGUUAAUUCCCAUUUCAGUGGCUAAAGUUUAAUUGCGUGUGCGCCCCAGCAAGCUCGUGCUUUCAGGGGGCACAGAAAUAGGAUGUGUCCAAGUGAAAUAAUUGGCCCAGGGAUCAGCAGUUGCUCUAAAUUACCCCCUCUUGCUCUCUUUCCGUAGCUGCCUCCUUAUUCCCAGAGUGAGAACAGCGGCGGCAAACAGGGAGAAGUUUUUAACAGGUGCAGCAGCACAAAGGGGAUUUAAUUAGUCCCUGAUGCUGGAUAAGUGGGAAAAAUCUGAUGUGUUAGAGAACAUGGCACUUUUCAGGGCUCUAGCUGUGUGUUCUGACCUGUAAUAAAGCAAAGGAAGUCUGUUCUUAUCACCAAUAAAGUCAUAAUCACACCCAGGGGGGGAACAUUUUGCCUCUGACGAGCAGUAGCAGGGUCAAAAAUUGAAUAUUUCCCCCAUUUCUUAAAAUGUUACAACUUUUGUGAUGUUUCCUGUUUUGUUUGAAAACAGUCGUGACUCUGGCCUGAUGUGUGAUGUGGUACUGUAAAUCGUAUCAGCUCAACCCUCUUCCCAAAUAAAUAAUAAUAAAAAAAAAACACAAAAAAGGAUGGUAAGAAGAGGGAACACAUCUGUUCCAGUCUCUCCAGGUUGUCAUGGUAACAGUUGCCUUACAGUUGAAUACCCACCUGUACACAGAAGCUUUGUAGUGGUUGAUACCUCACUUUUUGGGUGUGGUGGUGAUGAUAAUGUGCACCACGUUCUGUCUAUGUAUUUACUACUAGAUAGGAUGAUCAGUACCGUUUUCAGUUGGAUUGUUAUUGCACUUGUUGACUUUGUAUCGUCACGACAGGGAGAAAUAAAGUUUUAUCUUUUCCA